AUGGAGAUGCAAUCGUAUUAUGCCAAACUGUUGGGGGAGCUGAAUGAACAGCGCAAGAGGGACUUUUUCUGUGACUGCAGCAUCAUUGUGGAAGGGCGGAUCUUCAAAGCCCACAGGAACAUUUUGUUUGCAAACAGCGGCUACUUCCGAGCCCUGCUCAUUCACUAUAUUCAGGACAGCGGACGCCACAGCACGGCCUCCCUGGACAUUGUCACCUCCGACGCCUUCUCCACCAUCUUGGACUUCCUCUACUCUGGGAAGCUGGAUUUGUGUGGGGAGAACGUGAUUGAAGUUAUGUCGGCUGCCAGCUACCUGCAGAUGAACGAUGUGGUGAACUUCUGCAAGACUUACAUCAGAUCAUCCCUAGAUAUCUGCAGAAAGAUGGAGAAGGAGGCAGCUGUGGCUGCGGCGGUGGCAGCGGCGGCGGCGGCGGCGGCUGCGGCGGCGGCGGCAGCAGCUCAUCAAGGUGACAGUGGAAGUCCUGGUUCUGGCAGGGAAGGGACCUCCUGUGACCCCAAGAGCAUGGUCUCGUCUUCAGCCGAGGGAGAGGAGAGUGCGGACUGCCCGACAGCGUCCCCUUGCGGUGACUGCAGAGGCUGCCGCCCCCUGGAACUGAUGGUGAAGGACUGCGCGGGCAGUGGCCUGGCUGACGCUGAUCUCUCGACUCCCUCCAAGCAGGUGAAGCCCAAGGUGGAGUCAGAUGCCGAGGAAGUGGAGGUGGACGUCAGCGAGCAGCUGCAGCAGUAUGCUGCCCCGCUGAGCCUGACCCACGUGGAGGAGGGCUUGCCCGGUGGCCAGACGGACUUGGCUUACAGUAACUUCCACGUGAAGCAGUUCCUAGAGGCGCUCCUGCGCGGCAGUGCGGUCCAGAGCAAAGACGAUGCGGACCACCCCUUCUCCCGGAGUCUGGAGGGAAGGCCGGAUGUUGCCGGGGUAGCCAUGAGCUCUGGGCCAGAUGUCCAGGCUGACUGGUACGGAGAGGACUCAGGUGAUGUGCUGGUGGUCCCCAUUAAGCUCCACAAGUGUCCUUUCUGCCCUUACACUGCCAAACAGAAGGGCAUCCUUAAGCGGCACAUCCGCUCACACACGGGCGAGCGGCCCUACCCCUGCGAGACCUGCGGCAAGAGGUUCACCCGGCAGGAGCACCUGAGGAGCCAUGCCCUGAGUGUCCACAGAUCCAAUCGUCCCAUCAUCUGCAAGGGCUGCAGAAGAACCUUCACCAGUCACCUGUCCCAGGGGCUAAGGCGCUUCGGGCUAUGUGAUAGCUGCACUUGCGUGACAGACACACAGGAUGAUGAUGACGACUUGAUGCCCAUCAACCUCAGCCUGGUAGAGGCAUCAUCGGAAAGCCAGGAGAAGAGUGACAUGGACAAUGACUGGCCAAUCUAUGUGGAGUCUGGUGAGGAAAACGACCCCACUGGAGAGGACUCUGAUGACAGAGCGCAAGCUCGGCCCAGCUUAUCAGAAACUCUUACGUAGCAGCCACUGAUGGGGAAGAGGUCUUAAGGUCUGUUGCUGCUCAGUUUGUGGUUGGAAGCCACCAUUGUCCACUUCUUAGAACCCUGACAGGGACAUUUUUUCACUGUUGAUGUAUGUUCAUUUUUCUAAGUCCUCCAGUUGUGGAAACUGCCACUUUUGCUGUAAGCGAAACCACAUACAGCAGAAGUAGUACCUGGAAUAACACUGAUUUCUUCAGCUUUUUCUGGGGCGGUUUUCUCUCAGCCACAUUGUGUUGUGGAUCACUGCUGAACAAGACUACGUUAUCCCAGGACCUGCUGUAUGUG